GCAACCACUCCAAGUUCACUAUUGACUGUUAAAAUAGGCAAGACAGAAAGCUAGAUGAAUUUAUAUUUGGGAGCAAUAGAUUUAAGAGCUAGUCGAGAGAGUUAAGUUUUAGAUUCAAAACUCUUCAGUACUCAGAGAUUUUUGACAUAGCUAGAACUGAAAAAGCUUAAUACUCGUGAAGUUUCUUUGAUUUUUUCAGUUUUUUUAGAAACCAUGGAGCUUCAUCCUUCAUGAAAUUUAUGGUUUUAAGGACUGCGUUUUGGAAUGUUUGUAGUUUUUUAUUUUUAUUCCCUUAAUCCCGGGAGAUAAGCUGCCGGGUGCGAGAAGCGUCGUCGCGCAUACGGAACGACGUCGCGGCGCGUCGGCGGCGUCGCUCGUGGAUCGGCGUUGCGAGGUGCAGCAGCCACCAGGGGCGUCGUGAAGGGUGGUCGUUGGCAACGCAACUAGGAACGAAUAUAUACCCGAAAAUGGGUACUCGAGUAGGUGGUCUAAAUACAGCAGGACUACCUGCAGACAAAGCGCUGGCGGGCGUUCCCAGAUUACUAGACGAUCUACAACGAUUAUCUGAAGACUCAGAUUCCGCCGAUAUAGUUUUUCUACUAGGCAGAGAAGAAGAACGAGUUUACGCACACAAAGUUAUUUUAAUGGCAAGAUGCAAGAGCUUUCAAACGGCGAAACGAGGCGAAAUUUGCAGGAUUCCCGGUUGCACGGUGUCACCCUCUGCCCCUGGCACCCCGAUUCCAGUUAGGUUGCCCCAAGUUCCUCCAGAAACUUUUAAACAGUUUUUGUUGUACGUUUAUACGGGAAAGAUUUUACUACAAGACAGUGGCGUAUUUGAAAUGAUGGCUCUUGCACAAGAACUAGGGGUAGACGAACUACGGACUGCCUGUGAAGAUCACGUCACUGCGACUUUAUCGGUACCUUCUGCGUGUACUUUUUUGACCACAGCUAUGGAUAUAGAAGACCGAUCUGCAGGUGGAAAAGCGGCUGCAGGCUUUAUAGACAGAUGUGUUGCUUACAUAGGAGAAAAUGCAUCUGAAUGUGUCAAAACCAACUCAUUCUUAUCAUUACCAAAAGAAGCUGUUAUUAAGUUGAUAUCUUCUGACUAUCUCUCACUAGAAGAGGAGGAUGUAUGGCGAGCAGUUCUGAACUGGGCAAAGUAUCAAGCGGGAGUCACUCAGCCCACAGCACAUUGGACCGAAGAAGAAAGGGCAAGAGUCUGUCAGCAACUUUCCUAUGUAAUCAAUCACGUUAGGUUGCUGUUAAUUGAUUCACAAGUAUUUGCGGAAGAAGUAGAACCUACAGGAGCUGUACCCAUGGAACUAAGCUUAGAACGAUACAGACAUGCAGCUUUACCAAGCAAAUAUCCAGACACUACUGAAGAUCAAAGACUAAAACCUAGAGUUUCUCCACAUCUUUUUCCUGGAUCUCUAAUAAUAGGUCAAGACAAAAGCCACUAUCAGAGAAUAUUAAAUGCUUGGUACGGACACCCAAAACAAAGUUGGAGAUUAAUAUACAGGGCGAGUAGUCACGGCUAUUCUGCUUCUUCUUUUCAUCGUCACUGUGACGGGAUCGCCCCAGUAUACGUUGUUGUUUUGGGGGCAAGAGGAGAAAUAUGUGGAGGAUUUACCGAUGCGGCAUGGGCAAGACCGCCAGGCAAAAGCAGAUACGUAGCCGCAGAUCGGGCCUUCUUGUUUACUCUUUAUAAUCAUCAAGAGUUGCCGCCCACACAGUUUCAUUUAAUGAAAAAACCGUUUGCUAUUUGUUAUCAUCCAGAUUCAGGUCCAAUUUUUGGAGCGGGUGCAGAUCUGUUAAUAUCCAACAAUUGCAACAGUAAUAUGGACAGUUACUCGAAUCUCCCUCACACUUACGAUGGUGACGGCGCCUCAUCCUCAAUUUUUAUGGGCGAUUAUAAUUUUGCGGUGGCAGAUUAUGAAGUCUUUACCCCUUUAAAUAACGGACCCAAGUACUCAAAAGCCGAUAGGUACCAAUAAUAGAGGCUAUUACAUUUAGACUUGAUGCCACAUUUUGCCCUUAUUUAGUUGUAGUAAUAAGUUUUUUUUUAAUUUAAAAGUAUUGUCUUAUAAAAUCAAAAAACAUUUUUCACUGAUUUGUAUUAUGUAGAAUAAACUUUUUUCAGGAUA